AGGAUUGCGAGGCUUUGUUCUACUACUUCUCUGUUCUUUCUUCUUCACCUUCUACCUCUGGCUUUUGCCGGCCAUGACUACGGCGACGCUCUGAGUAAAAGCAUUUCUUCUUCGAAGCUCAGAGAUCUGGGUACCUUCCCAGCACUCAGAGAGUCAAGUGGAGGAGCCAUUCUGGUCUCAACGAUGGCAAGGCCAGUGGGAAAAAUGGAAGGUGAAUCUGGUGGGGGGUUACUACGACGCAGGGGACAAUGUGAAGUUUGGGUUUCCGAUGGCGUUCACAGUUACAAUGAUGUCGUGGAGCAUAGUCGAGUACCGCGGCAAUUGCUGCGAGUGGUGAGCUCCGCCACGCCAUGGAUGCUGUCAAGUGGGGCACAGACUACCUCAUUAAAGCUCACUCAAGUCCGAUGUCCUAUAUGGAGAGGUCGGAGAUGGGAACACAGACCACUACUGCUGCAGAGGCCAGAGGACAUGACGACCUCCCGGGGAGCCUACAAGAUCGACCCCAACCACCCCGGAUCCGACCUCGCCGGCGAGACCGCCGCCGCUAUGGCCGCCGCCUCCGUUGUCUUCCGUCGCCGUAACCCCUCUUACGCCAAGUUACUUCUCAUCCACGCGCAGCAGCUGUUCCAAUUUGCGGACAAGUUCAGGGGCAAAUACGACAGCAGCAUUGCGGUGGCCCAGAAGUACUACCGAUCCGUCAGUGGAUACGCGGACGAACUGCUUUGGGCUGCUGCGUGGUUGUACAGGGCGACGAACAAUAGGCACUACCUUAACUACUUGCCAUCAACGGAGAUGCGCUUGGUGGGACUAUAUGCCGGAGUUCAGACUCUUGUUGCCAAGGUAAAUGUUAGAUUGGACGUGAAAUUUGUCGUUAGGGAAAGCUGGUCGCAAUGCACGAUCUUCCAACAGUACCAGCAGAAAGCUGAGUUUUUCAUGUGCUCGUGCCUCGGAAAAGGAGGCCGGAAUUUUGUGACCAGUGCUUCCUUCCUCAUGAUUGUCUACUCUGACUAUCUCACCUCCGCCAGAAAAAGCCUCAGCUGUGCUUCCGGCGGAGUUUCACCCUCACGAGCUUCUUGCUUUUUGCCAAGUCUCAGGUGGACUAUAUAUUGGGAGACAACCCGAGAGCCACAAGUUACAUGGUGGGCUAUGGAAGCAACUACCCCAACAAGAGUGCAUCAUAGAGCGGCUUCUAUUGUGUCAAUUAAGGUUAACCCUACGUUUGUGACCUGCAGAGGAGGCUACUCCACGUGGUACAGCCGCAAGGCCAACGACCCGAAUCUCCUAAUCGGAGCCCUCACGAAAGAGACAAUUUUUGAGCAAACAGAGCCUGCUACAUACAACAAUGCUCCUUUCUGGGCUUAUUGGCUAGACUCCAUGCGGGGUCACAGCGGCUACAACCAGCUUCUUGCAGAGGACAUUCCAGUCCCUAAAGUACAGCUUAAUCCUGCUCUAUAG